AUGGACGUGACGAAAGAUCCGGCGGCUUUUAUGCACACGCCACCUUCAGCGUCUGCUAGCGGUCGUAGAGAUAGCUUUCAGUGGGCUGCACGUCAGGAUAGCGGCAACAAUCAGGACAUACUACCUGGGACAGGCGUCCGUGCACAAAGUCCAACUAGUCUGGUUGGUUGGCCUUCGCACAUCAGAUCAGUGCCAUUUUCAUCAUCCGCGUCGGCCCAGCUGUUCGCGCGCCCGCAAACACCAGACGCUGGCGUUGGAUGCCGAAACCGUCAGAAUCUCCCAUCGCCAGCAUCCACAGAUUUAUCACCCCAGAAAGAGCCCUGGGCGGAUGACUAUAUUUCUCGACUUUUACGUCGAGUGCGACACCAUCCGAAUGGCGGGCAGCGCGCCAACACCAGUCCCGUUAUGGCCGAUUUCCUCGCGAGUUUGGGUUUUGGAGGUGCGCAAACAACAGCCGUGUCGAAUAAUUCGCAAUGCGAUUCCGUUGAGCAGCUACAGAAUCAACUGCGAGGGAUCCUAGAUGCCAAAGUGACGCCGACACGAGCCGAACAUGUUGCGAUUACUACAGAGUUGAGGGCCACAGUUCGGUUUCAAUUAACUGCUUCAGAGCUGGAGAACGGGAACCACGAUAAUCCAAAUAACCUCGAUCCCGCGCUGGGAGGAGCGCAAUCAACAGAAGUGAAUGGUGAUCAGGAUGCGGGGCAACCAUCUCGUGUUGUUUUCGCGAACGACACUAUCAUGAACCAGCCCCAAGACGACCCAGCACUUCAAAGAUCAGUCGCCAAACAUAUUAUUUCAACAAUCAGUUCAGCAGAUGGAAGUACUUGGACCGUCCGGGAGGUGUCUAGAGGAGCACAAGGAUGGACCUUUACGUAUUUGUGCAAGGAUUCAUUCCAGCAUUGGAGCCGACAAACCGCCAAGAACCCAUUAAAGACAAUAGUAGGCGAGUUCAGUCAGAGGGAGCCAGACCCGACUCUGCACAGCAAGUUAAUAUCUAGGCCGCUUGCCGAACUCGCUGCGCACUUUAAACCGCCGCCUCGCCAACUAGGACCAGGUGCACAGAAACUACAAGAACAGCAACAAAAGGCCAAGGAGAAGACACUGAAGAAACCUAGAGGCGAGAAGAAGGACAAGAAGGAGCGAAAGAAGCGGGACUCCGUCAAGGCACAGGACGAGAAUGGAAACCCCCGAAAGCGAAAAAAGAAGACCAAUGGCGCAUCUCAGCCCGAAACAACUGACGGAUCUAUGACCCCCCUGGAUUAUCCUGGAGCGUCAGCGGUUGGUGGCCAGACAGAUCCCUCCUACAUGAAUGGCGGACAAGCACCGGAUAACACUGGACAUCAAGGCUUCAAUGACUACCCUCAGGGACUGAUGGGAGACGCGUCGGGAGCUACAAACGGAACUGGAUCUCAACAAGCAGGCGGCCAGCCUGGUUCCGUGACUUUCCCUGUCAACGUUUCAGCAGCCGAAGCAGCACGCCGACGAGAGGCAGCAACGGCAAUGCUCAAUAAUGCCGGUGUAGAUCCCACGACUCUGUCACCUGAGCAAUUUGGGAUCUUCUCUAAUCAAGCACCCGAGUUACAGCGAGAGUCAUUGAACAUGCUUGUUAACUACGGCGCGGAGCGUCUCCGGAUUGUCCACCCCAGUAACAGGGAGGGCUCGGCUCAGGCAAGCGCUUCUACCGCACAGAGCAGCCAAAGUUCAACCGGACCCAGGACCACCAAAGAACUAGUGCCACAGUCUGGCGCUCAUGACAGCCCGAACACAGAUUUUGAGGCACAAGCUGCGUCUCAGACCGCCGACGACACCUCAUCCCCUAAGCGGAAAGUGAGGAAGAUGGCACGAGAGACUAAAAAGCCACGAAAUAGAGGAAAGAAGACUAAGAAGUCGGAGGAGAUUGAUAUUGACGACGACGAAGAAGAAGAAGAGGAAGAGGAAGAGGAAGAGGAAGAGGAAGAGGAAGAGGAAGAGGAAGAGGAAGAGGAAGAGGAAGAGGAAGAGGAAGAGGAAGAGGAAGAGGAAGAGGAAGAGGAAGAGGAAGAGGAAGAGCAGCAGGAAGAUGCUGAAGACGCUGAAGAUGUUGAAGCAGAAGGUGACGAGGAAGAAGACGACGACGAUGAGCAAGCUGCUUCUCAAGACUACUCGCACCCACAGAUGAACAUCGGAAACAUGGUCACCAAUACUGAUGCGACCACUCAAGAUAGCCACGCUACACAGAGCAACUACUAUCAAUCUACUUCAAGCCUAGCCAUGCCACAAGCUAAUCCCUACCCAAACAACCCACAACCGUUGACUACGGCAGCGUCACAGAGAAAUAACUAUUCUCAUGCUCUGCCCGAAGUAAUACAGCCAGUCCACCACGUGCCACCUCCCAUUCCAGCACCAGCUGGAACUAUUGCACCCUCUGAGACAAGACGUUGGACCGCGUUUGGUAGUGGUGGGCUUAAUGGCGCAAGCGACAGCAGCAAGGCAAGACGAGGUCUUCCUUCCGAGCCUCCUCGCCCGACGACACAGAGUCCAUCUACUACAAACGUACAACUAUCGAGCUGGGGGCAAAGUUCUAACACAACGAUGCCCGCAGUACCCGCGACGACCAUGGCAACUGUCUCGCCACAAAUGUCAUACGACUCGCGUUCUAGCCAUAGAAGCCGACAGAAGAACCAGAGUCUGUCAAAUGAUUCGGCUCAACAAGCAGCAGCAAUGGCUAGUACAGCCAUGCCGCAGGCUCAGGUUCAGGUUCAUGCGCAGGCUCAAGCACGUCAGUCGCCAGUUGCAGCAGCAGCCAUGAUGGCACAAGCCCGUAAGUCUCCAUACCAGCAAGUCGCGGUCCCUCGCACGACUUCUAGAACGAGCCAGCGAAACCAAUCCCGAACACCAGUCACAGAACAGGCACGGGGCUACCAGCCUCCUCCUCCUGUUGACAUGGGUCAACAGCAGAGUGCACGACCCGGUGCUCAUUACGACACAUCAUCAUCACACAUGCCCAGCGGCUCUGGCUAUAAUGACUAUGGGCGAUAUUGCGGAGCCAAUACUGCGGCAAACCACCAGGCAGCUAUGUCAGCAGCUUCGGCAACACCGAGCACUAUGGGGACGUCCUGCCAAAGCAAGCCUGCGACCGCAAAUCAGUGGUCCGGUUCAUCGAGUCGGAAUGAUCGUUCAUACGGCUCCAACUCUUCGUACCAAACACCAAACAUCUAUACGAAAACACCAGCUGCGAAGUCGGUAUCAGCUUCUGGCCAGAACUUUAAGAUGCGUCCGGGCACACAGCAGCAACAUCAACAACAGCCACAGCAUGCUCACGGCAGCAGCAACUCUUAUAGCCAACAGCAACAGGCAACCUAUCCAGCAUACUCUGGAUCUACACAUCAGAACCAACAAGGUCAGACGUCCAACCAGCAGCAGCAGCAACAACCACCAAGCUGGUACUUUCAAAACUCGCACAACCCUUCUAUGCAUCAUGGGAGUCAGUCAUCUGGCUACAACUAUGAGUCAUGGUCAGGCGUCUAAGGGUUGGUAAUGUCUGAUUGCAUAAUUGCGUCUUCUCUAUUCACGGUUUCACAAAUGAGACCGAUAUUUAUUUUGGUUGGGUUUGGCAGCACAUAUUAUUUAGCGGAUAGCCUCCUGGUUGCUAUGCGACUGCAAUUCGAAUUCAUGUACUCGUGCCUGAAGAUACCCAUACAUGUUAGAUAGCAGAGUAAUGUUGAUAAACAUAGCUUUUCACUAGU